CGCAACUUUUGCAGCUAGACUGCUUGACAUGUGGCUGUGGCUUUCUGAAAUCUAUGCCUCAAUUUUAGCUAAAGAUUGUUCUCAGAUACCCUCAUUCAGACAAACAACAGAACGGAUUGGACGCUAACACUGCUUCACCGAGUAAAAUUAAACCUGAACUCCGUUUAAAGGACCACCUGGGGCCCGACAUGACUGGAUCUGGAAGUGGAGGCCCAUCUGACGGCUCUGAUGCCGAGGAGCCAGAAAAGUGUCCGGUCUGCCUGGGCGCCCUUGCUGGAGGAGAGCUCGCCAUGCCGGACAGCUGCUGCCAUGUUUUCUGCCUCGGAUGCCUCCUCACGUGGGCAGAGAUGUCUCCCUCCUGCCCUGUGGACAGACGACCGUUCACGAAUGUUUACAGAUGGGAUGGCAGCCUGGGCCUCGUGCAGAUUCCUGUAAGGAGGAAAAAAUUCCAGCUCGAAGCUGACGUCUGCUGCUGCCAAAAGCCUGAACAGAAACUCUGCCUCAAAAACAAACCUGCUAGAAGAAUACGGCAGCAGACGACUGACAGAAAAUCAGAUGUCAAAACAAGAGGGCUCGUACGAAAGUGCAACGAUGAGGAGCCACCUUCCCUGAGCAGAAAAAAGGUGAGGGGAGCAGAGUGCUCUGCGUGGUCCCCACCCCCCUGCGUCUCUGUAACAACACCAACACAGGACAUUGCAGAUCCUGUUUGGUUAGAUGAGCACCUACCGUACAGCACUGGAUUCAAACACUGCAAGCUGCAGGCGCAGCGUUGUCCUUGGCUCGCCUCUGCUGCUCCCAUUCCUGCUGACGGCUCCUCGAGGCAGCGUUUUCCUGGUUGGUGCAACUCAUCUCCAUUUGAACUCAUCUCAUCUCCCUUGACCUCCACCUCAUCGUUUAGCUCAAGUAAUUUUGUAUUUCAGGGUGUUGUCUGCGCUGUCACGUGUGCUAAAGGAGGAGAGAAGAGGGGCAGCAGAUCGUCAACAUCUAAAGCACCCACCAAAGAGCCAGAGUCUCUACCUUCCAGAAGAUCUAGACGCAACACUAAAAGUCAGGAAGAGCCUCCUGCCCCAGACCCAAAAUCACCAGCACAGGCCAGUUUGUCAGACUCUGACUCAUCCGCUGGUCAUUCUUCCAAGCCGAGCAAACCUUCUCCGGCGCCUACAAAAAGAAAAGGGAAAAGAGUAACAAACAGAAAGGCCAGCGGCAAACGAAAAGCAACAAGGAAGAACAGCAGCAGCCCAGCAGUCAGCGAGGAGGAGGGGGAUGGAGACGAUGACAUUGAAAAGGAGGAAAAAAAAGCUGCAACUAAACAAGAAUUGGAUAUGAACAACUCUGAUAUACUAGAGGCUAAUACUGAAAAUAGCCUCAAAGAAGAGCCGAAUGGAUGCAACUCUACUGAUGAGCUUGGAGCCGUAGAAAAUGAGCUGCCCAGUUUCCCAGACUCCACUCAGAACAGCCCUGUUUCAACCUGUGAGGGAAUCCACAGCCAGGAAGAUGAGCCAGGCAGCCCCAGCUCCAGUUCAGACCAAGAGUAUGGCGAUAGGACUUUGCAAUCUCCCCGUGUCUCCCAGAUCACCCUGCAGGAAGACCAGUUGUCUCCUCAGAGUGAUGAAAACGUAGAGCAGGAUGAUAAGACGGAAAUCUGUGAAUCACCAGAGGAAUCCAUAGCAGGAGAAUCAUCCAAGCAAAUAAAGGAUGAAAAUUCACUAGACUUGAAACAACCUGAAUCACUGGCUGCUGGGGAAUCUGAGGGAAGCAUAGCUGAUGAAGAUGCAAACACAUCUGAAGAAAAAAGUUCUGAAACGCCUAAAUCAGAGGACAGUUCAGGAGUUGAAAGUACUGUAGCAGUACUUGAGGAAGAUUCCACACCCAAGGAGGAUGUUUUGACUAAACAAGAAGUUUUAACAGACUCUACCAUCCAAGGGGAGGGUAUUAUGAAGGAGGAUUCUGUGGCUCAAGAAGCGGACAUCGGCCAGAAGGACUCUAUGUCCAUAGAAGAAACCCUAACGACGAAGGACGACUCUACAUCCAUGGAGGACAAUGUAACCAAGGAGAAAGACUCGAUGUCCAUAGAGAAAACCGUACCAAAGGAGGACUCUAUGGUCAUAGAGGAAACCUUAAUGAUGGAGGACUCUACAGCUCAGGAGCAGGCUUUAACAAAGGGAGACUCUGUGGCCAAAGAGGAAGGAACAACCGAGGAGAAAUCUCCAGUCAAAGAGGAAGCCAUAACGAAGGAGAAUGAUACACCCAAAGCCAACAAUGACUCUGAGCCCAGUUACGAUUGCACAACCAAGGAUGACAUAAAUGUUGUCCCCAUGGAUUGCAGCUCACCUACAAGUGAUCCUGGAAGCAGUUCCUUUUUGGAACUUCAGAGCGACAAGGAUAACCAUAGCGAUGUGGUGAAGCCUGCUGCUGUUCCCCAAACCCAAGACAACCAGACUCCCAGUGCCAAGGAACAAAGGGAAAGGAGCCAAGAGAGGAAGAAUGGCAAGCAGCGCCGCUCCCGCUUCCACUCGCCGUCCGCCAAAUGGUCCCCUAAAAGAGAUUUGAAAAGGGACUCAUCAAAACGCUCACGGUCAAGAGAUCGCGAUGACAUUGCCUCGAGUCGGUCGUCCCACGCUCGCAGCAGAGAUAGAGACCGGGAUGGAGAACGAGAAUAUUCAAGAAGGGACCGGAGCCGUGAAAGGAGGAGAAGGAGAUCCAGGAGUCGCUCUCGAUCAAGGUCUAGGUCUCGUUCCAGAUCUAGAUCAAGAUCUCGAUCAAGAACAAGGUCUUACAGGCGAGGACCCAGCCCGGACAGGUCAAAGUCCAGAGAGGAGUCUCCGCAGAGGAAGGAGCGUAGUAGGGGAGGCUGGAAGUCUGAGCAUGGCGGUGGGUCUAGUUAUGAGGGACGAAGAUAUCAAGGAGGUUCUGGCCGCUUUGAAAACGGUCUCUCACAAGAAAGUUCUAACGACAGGCAGACCUGGUCGGAGAAUCCCGACUGGGUCACAGAAAAGACUCGGGCUGACGCCGAAGACAGGAACCGAGACUCGAGCUCGAGUGGGGGUUCAAAGUGGGAUGACCAGCGCAGGGGUGGUGGAAACGAGGGAGAAUCACGUGGACGUGGGGGUCCGGGAGGGUUUGAGCGUAGACGGGGUGGCGGUAACCGGAGCUUCUACAACCAACAGGAAGAAACUUCGGAAACCCGCUGGCAGCCCAGAAACAAUUUCUCAGGUACAGGCAACAAUUCAGGGAACGACUCGUACAGCCGCUUCAAUGAAAACCGGGGCGGCAGUCGGAAGAAGGAGCCAGAACCAGCGGACUCUAUGAUCGACCGGUCGGGCUGGUCCUCCGCCUCCAGCUGGGCUGUGAGGAGGACCCUGCCUGCAGAUGUGCAGGAUUAUUACUCUAAGAGGGAGAGGGGAGGAACCGGCAGCUGGAACCGCCAGGAGGAGGAGCAGCAAACACAACCACCAGCGGCAACAGCAGAUCCACCAAAGACUGAUCUCCCUCCCCUUCAGGUGAUCCCUGGGAAUGCGCCGGUCGCCGUGUUGAAUGUGCUUCCUCCCCCUCCUCCUCCUCAGCUCAAUGUUCUCCACCAUCCGUACCCCGUCCAGCGCUUGCAGGGGCCCCUGCCGGUCAGCUUGCAGCCUGCGGCCCCCUACGCCGUGCCUCCUCAGGUCCCCAUGCAUCUGCACCCCGCCGUGCCGCUGCUUCAUGUGCCUAACGUCACCGCGCAGGGCCUGCCUCCCCCUCCUCCACCACCUCCACCCAUCCAGACUGUAGCAACAGUUGCCUCACAGCCUGAUGGGCACACAGCUCAGAUGGUGAGCACAGUUGUAGGGUACGGCCACUCGGCUCUCCUUCCCACGCCGACCAAAGUGGGCACAGCGACAGUUUCCCAGGCUCAGCCGGCGCCCAUUCAGGUGCUGGCGUCCUCCACCACUCAGUCCAGCCAGCACAGCAAAGCUCAGGCCGACAGCUCCAAGAAAGAGAAGAAACAGCAGAUCCAAGAAAAAGCUAUAAAUGAAGUGAAGACGGCCAUCAAACCUUUUUAUCAGAAGAAGGAAAUUACAAAGGAGGAGUACAAGGAAAUCGUCCGCAAAGCAGUAGAAAAGGUCUGCCUCAGUAAGAGCGGAGAGGUGAACUCUAGCAAAGUGGCCAACCUUGUGAAGGCCUACGUGGACAAAUACAAACACGCCCGAAAGAAAUGAACGUGCCGUCGAUCCGCUGUUCCCGGGCCGGCACUUUCCCCUCACAGACCCGUUCUGCUGAUCUGAUCAAGUGCAAUUUCCUCCUGCUGGAAUUUGGCCUCCAAACUGAGAGAUGAUGGAGAGCCAGUAUUUCUUUCUUCUUUUUUUGAUAUAUCUACCUUUUAUUGAAUGAAGAUUUGUUUUCUAUAGAUUUUCAUAUUUUGUUAGAAAAGAAUGACCUGAUCACAAAUUGUAAUGCAAGAGCCCUUUAUUUUGCUUAGAUCAUGGGACUUUGGAGCUUCAGUAGCGGGUGCAGCAUAUCUUUGAGAGAUUAUUAAAGAUGCUCUCUGUGAAGAGUGUGUGUAGUGCAGAGCAUCCUAAUUUCAUAGCUUGAUUCAACAUCAUCAUGUUCCUUUAUAAAAAUGUGUAAUAUUUCAACCCAACAUCGACUUUAAAAGUGCUUUGGUCUUUAAUGGUCUCUGGGGCCCAAUGAAGCCCUCCGAUCUAAAGACUGUGGUUGUAAUCAGGCCUCUGAUUGGAUCCAGUCAGUCGUCCAAUCAGCAGUGAGUGUGAGGUCUGAAGGUGAAUGUAAUAUGAAUGUGUGUUCAUGAGCUGUUCAAAGUAUGUGGAAAGUAGUGAAAUAAACUAGAUGCUUCCCACUGUGGUGUGUUUAUCAGAGGGGUUGGGUGUGAAUACAGCUUUGAGCCACAAGGUGGGGCUAGAGCUCUUAGAUUUAUGAAAGA